CUGAUCCUCCCGCUGCCGCCGUUGAGCGCAGGGUGGCUGUGCCCGGGAGGGCGCAGAUCGCAGCAUCCCCUCGGGCUGGGAUGCGAAGGGCUCUGCCCAGCCCCGCUCCUUCCCUCCCACCGGCGGCGGGGGAUGCUCGCCCCCGGCGUGUCUGCCCGAGCCAGCUGCUCCUGCUGCCAGAAGCUGCUCCGGGCUCGGCGGGGCGGCAGAACCCAGCUCAGCCCAGCCUCAAUCGCUGCUCGCCGCCCGCGGGAGGGCUCCUGGCCGGGAAGGUGCGGGGCUCAGCCCGUCCCACCGCAGAGGGAACUCGCCCAACUUUGUCCGUCGUGGGUCCCGGUAGCAGCUGCCAUGGCCCCCGGCAACUCUUCCCGCAACUUCUCGGCGCCGGGGGCUCAGAACGGCUCAGUACCAGAGAAGCCAGCAGCACACACCAAUGUGAUAAUGCCCAGCCUCUUCAGCAUCAUCUGCUUCCUGGGCAUCAUGGGGAACCUCAUUGUCAUCUACACUAUCGUCAAGAAGAAGAAGCUGCGAUGCAAACAGACAGUGCCCGAUAUUUUCAUCUUCAACCUCUCCAUCGUGGACCUCCUCUUCCUCUUGGGCAUGCCCUUCCUCAUCCACCAGCUCUUAGGCAACGGCUCGUGGUACUUUGGAGCUCCCCUGUGCACCAUCAUCACGGCCCUGGACACAAACAGCCAGAUCACCAGCACCAACAUCCUGACAGUGAUGACUCUGGAUCGCUACCUGGCCACCGUCUACCCCCUGAAAUCCACCUGGGUGCGGACGCCGUGCGUGGCGGCUCUGGUGAUCUGCCUGGUGUGGCUGCUGUCCUUCCUGACCAUCAUCCCCGUGUGGAUGUACGCAGGCCUCAUGCCCCUGGAGGACGGCACCGUGCGCUGCGCCCUCCUGCUCCCCAACCCAGAGACUGACAUCUACUGGUUCACCCUGUACCAGUUCCUGCUGGCCUUCGCCGUGCCCCUGCUCAUCAUCUGCGUGGUUUAUUUUAAGAUCCUGCAGCACAUGGCCACCACCGUGGUGCCGCUGCCCCAGAGGAGUCUGCGGGUGCGUACCAAGAAGGUCACUCGCAUGGCAGUGGCCAUCUGCUCUGCCUUCUUUAUCUGCUGGGCUCCCUUCUACAUCCUGCAGCUGGUUCACCUGGGCAUCGACACCCCAUCCGUGGCCUUCUUUUAUGCCUACAACUUUGCCAUUAGCCUGGGCUAUGCCAACAGCUGCCUCAACCCCUUCCUGUACAUCGCCCUCAGCGAGACCUUCAAGCGCCAGUUCUUGGUGGCCAUCCGCCCCGCCAAGGAGCCCUGUGGCAACAGCAGCUCUGCCAACAACAACAGCAUGACAGAGGCCAGCGUGUGCCUGAAGCUGGCGCCAGAAUCCACCCAGCAGACUCAGUUCCUGGAGGACUUUUCCCCACGCUCGCUGCCGGUGACUGUGGCUGUUCACUAGGGCACUCAGAGCAGCAGAAAGCUCUGGAGCUGUGAGCUGAUGGAGGAGCAGCAGCUGCAGGAAGGUCUUGGAGAUGCCUAUGGACUACAAACUUCCACCUCCAAAAUGCAGGUGCCUCUCUUUUCCAUUACUCUGCCCCUGCACUUCUCCCAGCCUGUGAGAUGAUGUGUGCUGCCACUUUUCAUCCUGCACAGGAGGACUCUGCCACCACUGGGCCCCCAAAGAGGAUGAGUGGAAUAGAGAGAAAGGAUAGCAAGAGAAUGUUCACUCUACAAGAGUAAAACCUCUAUCAACACUGCCCAACCUUUUCUCACCCCUUGCCAAACCAAGGUUCCUAAGCAGCUUGUCACCCCAGAGCUUCUUCAUUCAGAGCUUGAACCUUUGAACCACAAUGUCACCUAUUUUUUUUUAUAAGUAAUCUGCAGACUUUGCUGGCUGUGCUGAUAUCCUAGAGCACACAGCAGAGAGAUCUUGGGGACAGAAGUCUCACCCAGACCUGUUGCUUGGCCUUGCAGUCCAGCCCCAUCUGCUUCCAGGGGGCUGUACUGUUUGGCAACCAAAACAUUUCAAGAACUGGCUCGUUUUGAUGCUAAUCCUAAAUAUUUCAAGCAAAAUCAAACACAUAAUAAUCUCAUUGCUUCAAGGGACUGCAAAGACUUUUCAAAACUACUGCUGCUAACACCAGCUAUGUGGCUUUUCAUGGCAAUGAGCAGAUUUCCACAGUGCUGGUUCUUCGUGCUGCUCUUGUGCCUCAGAGUCUGCACGGCCACUGGGGAACCCCUGGCAGAGGGUUUUAAGCAGGACUAAAAAUCACAAUGUGCAGAGAUCUGUGGAGCGAGAAGCCGUGAAAAAGCAGCUCAAGGGAAGCACAGUUACUUAUGCAGCUUCCUCAAAAAUAACAAAUGCUUUACACAAAGUUAAAAGAGGGAAAAUUAAACGUCUGUGUGUUGCACAUGCGGCUUUAACAGUCGGAGGUUAGGAAGUAACUCUGCUCAUUAUAAAGCAGAGAAAAGACAGCAGAGAUCGGCUCAAAGCAGGGAUUACACCGACAGCCUGUGCCGGGCUCCACAGGGACCACGCUGGCAUUGUUCAACACUUUGUCAGACACGGAGGAACUGGGUACUGUAGAUGGAUUUAAUUUAAAGAAUUAAAAACAUCAAACAGUCCAAAGGAAUUUGUCAUACCACACUUAUGGUUUCACACCACCAGCCACCCACGAUAUGCCCAGAACAGAAUUUCACCUUUACUCAGCUCCGAAGCACAACCGUGUCACCUGCACAGGAUGUCCUAAGCCACACUCACAGGUGCACCUAAAGCACCCACAUCACACUUGUAAGCACAUUUAAACACGGCCAGCACUUCAGACUACACCCUGCAGAGAGCUCACAGCCAUUCGCUCACCUCCAGCCAUCAGAGCAGUCAGGUGUGCAGCACCAGCACCUUUGACACCGUCAGAUGCAGCAUGUUGCUUUCUGAGUCACUGAACAAACCUCGGCACAGGGUCUCUCUGUAUUUUCUUCCAGGCUCUGUCACAACCAGCACAUCCAGACCGUGACUGAGAGUAUCUCGUGGAUUUUUCGCCUGUGUUCCCCCAGCCAACAAAGCCAGACACCUGCGGAACGUUCAAGCUUUAUGGCUCGAAAGUCUUUGCUCUGUUUUAACUGCCAGGAAUUUUCACCUGCUGUUUUUCAUGGAGCUGCUCUGCUCUUUGGUCAGUACUCUCCCUGAAGGGCUUGGAUGGAGCGAAGGUCGAGGAGGAUGUGUGCUCUGCCAGCCAGACUUGCCCUCGGGACAAGGGAAGCUAUUGUGUCACCUUUCUCCCAUUAGGCAGGGAAGGGAAGGGAAGAACUGGCACAUUUUCUGGGAAAGGAGGUGGUAAUGACUGGGUGGGUGUUUCUUCCUCUAAUGCCAGCCAUAAGGAAAGUAUGAGAAGUGAAAACAGACCGAGUUAUCAGGGCUCUCUGGAGAGCAGUACGUUGAGAUAUUAUCUUGCUUACACAGUAAAGGUGUUUAUGGUUGAACAAGUCUGUUCCCAUCUGAAGUGAGUCGAUCUGACCCGCGUGGCCGAGCCAUGUGCUGAAAACCACAGGGGCAAGUGGGCUAACCAAGAAGGGAGGAGGUCACCCAGCACCCAGGGGUUUUGUGGGACAGACCUUCCCCAGAUCUCAUCACACUGAAGUCAGCACUCCAG